GGAGGUGGGUAUCAUGUGAUUCGCUUUCCUGCUCCCUUUAAAGCAGCCACAUGCACUCGAGGGCCGGCUACAAUCACAGCUCUCGGUACGGAGGGAGUCCGGUCCGGGCUUUUCCGGGCAAUCGGUGCUGAGGUUUCCCUCUUCCUUCCCAUUCCUUUGCAGCUUUAACUUUUACAGCCGCCACCACCACCGCCGUCGCAGAGAGUGCAGGAGAGAAAGCACUGCAAAAAUGGCUGGGGCAAUUAUCGAGAACAUGAGCACUAAAAAGCUCUGCAUUGUUGGCGGGAUCUUGCUGAUUUUCCAAGUCGUCGCUUUUCUGGUGGGGGGUCUGAUAGCUCCAGACCCUACUGCUGCUGUACCUUAUAUGGCUGCAAAGUGCAUAGACUUGCAGAAAGACCAUCAUAAGACCAAAUGGUUCAUACCAUGGGGACCUGACCAGUGUAAUAAACUCAGAGAUUUGGAUGAAGCUGUGAACAGACAAAUUGAAGCGAAUAACAUUGUGUUUGCCAUCCACAUACCACUUCCCAAGAAUGAGAUGAGUCCCUGGUUCCAAUUUAUUCUCUGCAUUUUGCAUAUGGACAUUGCUUUCAAGACUAACAACCAAAUUAGAGAAAAUGCAAAAGUUAGUCUUGAUGUGCACUUAGGAUAUCGUGAUGAUACAGUCAGUGAGUGGACAGAAAUGGCACAUGCAGUAGAGACUCGAAAGCUCAACUGUACAUUUGGUGCUCCAAAAAUUGUAGAGCAUGAAGGGAAGUUUUACGAUUGUGACUUUCUCCCAUUCAUGGAGAUUGGAACUGUAGCUCACAAAUACUAUCUUCUCAACAUUCGCCUUCCUGUGAAUGAAAAAGCAGGUAUUAAUGUAGGAAUUGGUGAAAUAAAGGAUAUCCGUUUAGUGGGUAUCCAUCAAAAUGGAGGCUUCACAAAAGUCUGGUUUGCCAUGAAAACAUUCCUUACACCCAGCAUUUUCAUCAUCAUGGUUUGGUAUUGGAGACGGAUUAUGCAAAUGACACGGCCACCUGUGCUCCUGGAAAAGAUAAUCUUUACCCUUGGAAUUUCUAUGACUUUCAUAAACAUUCCCGUAGAAUGGUUUUCUAUUGGUUUUGACUGGACUUGGAUGCUGCUUUUUGGAGAUAUUCGUCAAGGGAUCUUCUAUGCUAUGCUCUUGUCUUUUUGGAUCAUCUUCUGUGGAGAGCAUAUGAUGGAUCAGAAUGAACGAAAUCGUUUCGCAGCCUACUGGAAACAAGUUGGACCAAUAGCUGUAGGCGCUUUCUGUUUGUUUGCCUUUGACAUGUGCGAGAGAGGAGUGCAAUUAAAAAAUCCAUUCUAUAGCAUCUGGGCUACAGAUGUUGGCACAGAGUUGGCUAUGGCAUUUAUUAUUGUUGCCGGAAUCUGCCUCUGCCUUUACUUCUUGUUCCUGUGUUUUAUGGUGUUUCAAGUGUUCAGAAAUAUCAGCGGCAAACAAUCCAGCCUACCAUCAAUGAGUAAAGCCCGCAGGCUUCAUUAUGAGGGACUGAUUUUUCGGUUCAAGUUUUUGAUGCUGAUCACAUUAGCUUGUGCUGCCAUGACAGUAAUAUUUUUCAUUUUCAAUCAGGUGACUGAAGGUCACUGGAAAUGGGGAGACUUUACAUUUCAUUGGAACAGUGCCUUUUUCACAGGGAUUUAUGGAAUGUGGAACCUAUAUGUCUUUGCCCUGAUGUUCCUGUAUGCACCUUCCCAUAAAAAUUACGGUGAAGAUCAGUCAAAUGGCGAUUUGGGAGUUAAUACUGGAGAGGAACUUCAACUCACUACUACCAUCACUCAUGUGGAUGGACCAACCCAGGUUUACAAAUUGGCUCGCAAGGAGGCCCAGGAAUAAUCACUUCAGCACAAUUUUACUUGUGCUCAAAUACAAAUCACAUAGCAUGAUGGUAGUAUUUUCUUGCAAGGAUUUGUUUGGAAUCAACUGAAGGGUGUUUUUGCAGAAAACAAUGA